AUGUUCGUUCUUCCUCCACCGCGGUACCCCCCGCAAGGGUACACCAGCCUUCCUGCCGGUAUGCCCGUACCGAUGAUCGAGACCAACAACAUUCUCAGCAACCCCUCGGGACCUGAGUAUCAGUUCCUGGUCGGCGAGGGGUUGUAUGUUUUGAAGGAGGAUCUACACCUUGCGACUCCUCCACCACACCCUUCCGAGGCCCCAAUAGUCAACCCGAAUCCCCUCGCGACAACCCCGCAGCCGGCAACCGCGGGCACGCGGCUCUCCUUGCUCAAUCUCGACGUUAGCUCCCUCUUUCCCGCCGUCUAUCGCUCAACUUCACGGGCGGAUGGGGCGCAGGGCAGUAUACAGGAACACCCCGACGAGAGCAAGUCGUCGACCGAUAUGCGUGAGAGCAGCAGUGAUGCCGGCCGCCUCAAUUUCAGCGAUGUCCCGCUCUUCACGUCCAAUGCCCCCGCGUUUGGUGAGGGCAACACCCUCCUUGCCCCUGUGGCACAGAAGGAUGCCAACAAACGGCGCAAGCCCAAAAACAACAUGUCUAAGAGCAACUCAUCGUUCAUCUCAAGAGUGAUUAAUCAUGAAUCGUUGAACAAGCGGCUGCAGGAUCGGCCAAGGGAUGGUCUAUUCGGCUUUGCCAAUGUUAACCGGGCCUUCCAAUGGCUGGACCUGUCGUCGACAUCGAAAGCUGAUUAUUUGACGAAGAUUCUCUUUACCAAGGCUCACUGCCUGUGCCACGAUGUCAACAAGGUAACUAAGAGCUCAACGCACAUCGACGUGGUUAUGGGUUUCUCCACUGGCGAGAUUAUCUGGUGGGAGCCCAUCACGCAGCGGUACACCCGCCUCAACAAGAAUGGUAUCAUCAACGGCACGCCGGUGUCCGAUAUCCAAUGGAUACCAGGAUCCGAGCAUCUCUUCCUCGCCGCGCAUAUGGACGGCACUCUGGUCGUCUACGACAAGGAGAAAGAGGACGGCAUCUUCAUCCCAGAAGAGGAGGCCGCAUCUCGGACCAGCGGAGACACCACCCGCACUAGCAGGGUCAACUACUCAUCCCAGUUGCACAUCCACAAGUCGGUCCACUCCAAGAACCAGAAGGCCAACCCGGUAGCCGCCUGGAAACUGUCCAACCAUCGCAUCAACGCCUUUGCCUUCUCCCCGGACAACCGUCACCUCGCCGCCGUCUCCGAGGACGGCACCCUGCGAAUCCUGGAUUACCUCAAAGAAGAACUGCUCGACCUACACUACUCGUACUACGGCGGCCUGUCCUGCGUCUGCUGGUCGCCCGACGGGAAAUACGUCGUGACGGGCGGCCAGGACGAUCUCAUCUCAAUCUGGUGCCCGUCCGAGACGGAUUCCCGCGGUACGGCCCUCGUCGCCCGCUGCCAGGGCCACCACUCCUGGGUCACGUCGGUCGCGUUUGACCCGUGGCGGUGCGACGAGAGGAGCUAUCGGUUUGGGAGUGUGGGCGAGGACAGGAGAAUUUGUUUGUGGGAUUUUAGUGUGGGCAUGUUGAAUCGGCCGAGGGCGGCAUCCGUGAGACAUCGCGGGUCCGUCUCAUCCCGCCCUGGUGCAGGGCCACUCCAACGCGCUGAGACGGGUGGCACGAGCGCCAGCGGAAGGCUAAGGUCGGAUUCCAAUCACUCGACAGCGGUCUCUGCCACUGCUGCUGAGGAGGGAGAGACGAGCAAAGGAAAGGUGCUGUCGCAUCCCGUCGAGCCUAGAGCGGCGACGGCGACGUUGCCACCUAUUUUGAGUAAAACGGUGGAUGAUGACCCGCUGUGCUGGCUUGGAUUCACGCCGGACGCGAUCCUGACGAGCUGCAAGAACGGGCAUAUUCGGACAUGGACGAGGCCUUCGGAGCUGGCACAGCAGUUGGAGGAGAAGCGGGACGCUUGAUCGCAU